GGCCUACCUUGUCCUGGGUGGGCCUCCCGGGCCUCUUCUCCGGCGCUGCGGUUGCGGCGCCUCUGGGUUUGCAGGUGUCGCGCUGCCGCCGUGAUCUUGCUUUAGCGGGGCCAGAGGCGCGGCGCGCGGGCCCAUUGGCAGGCCGGUUUGCCCCUUCAGCGCUUCAGGCACUAAUUUCAGCCCCCUCUCGCCUCUGGGGCUUGGGGUGCUGUUGGUUGGGUGGCUGGCGGCCCCUCCAUUUUGAGGCAAAUUGGCGGGAGCGCCAUUUUGCCUUUCUUUGUCGGGCACGUGGGGGCCUCUAGUGGCUAGAACGUGUAUAGCAGGCUUGGCCUGACCGAGUGGGGGCCUCUGGUGGCCGUGCUAGGCAAGUGCAGCCUUAAUUAAAACUCAGGUGGUGGCCUCUAGUGGCCGUGUGGGUAAUUGCGGGGUCGUUUAACUACCUGCUUUACAUUGCUGGUGCGGCUAUUUAUUUAGCCAACUUUAUUGUUCCCAACCUAAUUUAAAUAAUUAGUGGUUGAGUUUACAGUUGUUGCUUGCCUGCUGAUUAACUAUUUACUUAAUUAUUUUGUUGAUUUGGUUUUAUUUCGCAGCUAUUUAUAUUGCCUGCUGAUUUGAAUAUUUUCUUUGUUUUCCCACCAAUAGUAGGAAUGGCUCCAAAGAAAGCAAUUAGGAGGCCUGAUCCUGCACCUGCUACAAAGCGGCCUAUAAAAGGCCCAUCCCAGGCGUUACGUUCACCUGGGCCUACCCAGUCGGUGAAACGCCUUCAAUCCAUGGUCUCUGGUUUGGUGGGUGAUCCAGCUGCGCUGGCACGGGUCGAGGCUGAGAUGGAAGGCUUGAUGCAACGUUGCUCAACUCCGUCGACCUCCUCUGCGCGACCAGCUCCUUCGGCGGUGGCGGCUUCUCCAGUGUCAUCAUCUAGUGAAGAGGAGAGAGAUCCAUUGUCAGCCGGGGUUUUCUUACCUGACCCGCUACCGGCCCGGUCCCCGGUCUUACCUGUAUCGCAGGUUGCUGUCCCUAGGGGUCGGGGUCGAACCAGAGUGGGGGCCAGGAGUAGGGCACCAACUCGGGGCCACGUUGUGCGGGGUUCGCCUGCGCAGUCUUCAGUUGCGGGGAAUGUGAUUCCAGGUCAGUCACAGGUUGUCUCUUUUCAGUCAGUUCCAGGCUCUGUGCAACAAGGCGAUGUUUCGGAGUCUUCUGUUGAGGACAGCCUCCCUCUUCCUCCAAGGGCCUCUUCCGGUGGGCACCGCCGCCACAAAAGGAGCUCCAGGAGGCGCUCCAAGCGGAGACGUAAGGACACUUCGUCUUCUUCUACAGGUCCGGGCACUAUCCGUAUCUGGAUAGUGGGCCACAGUAUUGUGCAUUGGGCCGCUGACAGAGCUCGUCAGUCUGGAUUGGGAGAUGGCCUGGGCCUUCCACAGCACGUGCAGGUGUCCUGGAUCUCCAGAAGGGGGAUGCGUUGGAGGGAAUUCUUGCCACUCAUGAAAAGGCGUGUCCUCCUGAUUGGCCCACCUUCGGCGAUUGUGGUGCAGCUCGGGGAAAAUGAUAUGGUUUCUUUUCCUUGCUAUACGCUGCGUACUGUUAUUUUACAGGACCUAAGGGAGCUGGCGGCCAUGGUGCCUAAUACAAAAUUGAUUUGGUCACAGUUGCUUCAGCGCCACAUUUGGCGGGGCAGUCCUUGCCCAGCGUCCACUGAAAAAGUUAGGAAGCGGAUUAAUUCCGCGGUGGGCAAGUUGGUGGUGAGCUUGGGCGGAUUGGUGAUUCCUCACCCUCGUAUUUCCUUUAAGGAGGAGGUCUUAUACAGGGAUGAUGGGGUUCAUCUUUCCACGUUUGGGAAUGAUGUUUGGUUGGAUGCAGUGGUGUCCAAGUUGAGGGUGUGGUUUGCUUUGUGAGUGGUUGGCGGCGAGCAUAAGGGCUCGGGUGGCGGUUAGGCAUUGGUUAAAUUGGUUGGUGGAGGGGUAUGGAUUGGCUGUGCCUACCCC